GUUUACUCCCCGGAAAUGACCCAUCAUCAUCCUCUUCGGUCUCCCCCGCAUCCUCCCUCCUCCUCCUCCCAACCCCAACCCCAACACCAACCCUACACCUACCUCCACCUCCUCGUCUCCCCCUUCCCCUUCCCCUCCCCCAUGGGGGAGCAAACCCUAACCCUAACCCAAACCCCAACCCCCCACCCCUCCUCCUCCGCCCCCAAUCCCCCGUCCCCUUCCCGCAAGGAUCCCUCCGAUCCCACCCCGGCUUCCUCCGCCGCCCCCACCGCGAAGAUCCCCUUCCGCCCGAGGAAGAUCCGCAAGGUCUCCGGCGAAUCCGACGGCGAUCCGAGCUCCUCGUCGUCGUCUGCCAGGGCGGCGCUCCGCGCGGCGGCGCGGCCCCUCUCUGCCGACGGGGAGGUGGCGGCGGCGAUCCGGCACCUCCGCGCGGCGGACCCGCUCCUCGCCCCCGUGAUCGACGUCCACGAACCCCCGAUCUUCGAGCGGUUCCACCCCCCCUUCCACUGCCUCGUCCGCAGCAUCCUCUACCAGCAGCUCGCCUACAAGGCCGCCGCCUCCAUCUACGCCCGCUUCCUCUCCCUCUGCGGCGGCGAGGCCGGCGUGCUCCCAGACGCCGUCCUCGCCCUCACCCCGCACCAGCUCCGCCAGAUCGGCAUCUCCGCCCGCAAGGCCAGCUACCUCCACGACCUCGCCCGCAAGUACCACUCCGGCAUCCUCUCCGACGCCGCCAUCGUCGCCAUGGACGACAAGUCCCUCUUCUCCAUGCUCACCAUGGUCAACGGCAUCGGCGCAUGGUCCGUCCACAUGUUCAUGAUCUUCUCCCUCCACCGCCCCGACGUCCUCCCCGUCGGCGACCUCGGCGUGCGCAAGGGCGUGCAGAUCCUCUACGGGCUCAACGAGGUGCCGCGCCCCUCGCAGAUGGAGCAGUACUGCGACAAGUGGCGGCCCUACCGCUCCGUCGGCGCCUGGUACAUGUGGCGCCUCGUCGAUAAUAAGGGCCCCCCGAAUUUACUCCCGCCCACCGGUGGAGUGCUCGCCAUUGCCGGAUCCGGAGACGGACUCGGAGCGAUCGGGCCGCAGCAGCAGCACCAGCAACAGCAGCAGCACCAACAUGCGCAGCUUAUUGAUCCUAUUCAGAUGCUUCCCACUCUCAGGUGAAGGCUUGUACUAUUUAAUUAGUUAUUUUUCCUGUGAGUGAUGCUUUGUUGAGAUGGUCUUGAUUAUUCAAUAGUUUGUCUGCGAAUUGGCUGAACUGCUGUCCUGUUUCCUCUUCGUCAUGUGUCAUUAUUUAAAUGCGAGAUUGUAAUGCUUAUGAACUGGCGAAAUGAAUGGUAUAGUGGUGUUUCGUCAAUUGUUGCUAUCAUGCACAGCUAGACCAGUUGUUCUCUUGGGAAUUUUUAUGGAACUAUGGUCUUCAUAAAACAUUGCUAUGGGUAAAUGAAAACUAUUGAUCAACAAUCUUGCAACAA